AUGACGGCCCCACGUUCCAUCGGGUCGGCUGCUCAGCGGGUCAUCAUGGAAAUAGCCAAAAACAAUCAAAUUAUAUUGAAACUUCCACCUGUUGACAAAUACAGGACACCCAAAAAUUAUGACCUUCCUGAAGUUAUGCAUCACACCUUUGAGACUCUAUCCAACCUUCACAAGCUGCUUCCAAAUCAUCUGAUGAAGAUACUUUAUUCUUACAAGAGUGAACAGGACAAAAAAAAAUGUGAGAAUUCUGAACUCUCUGGCUUAGAAAGGAUCUUAGCCAGAUGUCAAUUUCCAAGGGAGGUUAAUCUGACCCCAAAACCAAGCAGUAUGCCACUGUGGAAAAGGAAAAACAUCAAUAAUGCAAAAAAUGGGUGGAAGAAAUGCUACUUGUUGAAUAAAAACAUAAAGGAUCCUCCAAUGUCAACUAUAGUUGUCAGAUGGCUGAAAAAGAACAUGCAACCCACUGAAGAUCUUCGGUCAGUAAUCCAGAAGCUGUCUGUGUUUGGGCCAAUUAGGUCAGUUGACCUUUGUGGACGGCAAAGUGCUAUAGUGGUGUUUGAGAACAUGACUUCAGCUUGUAAUGCUGUGAGUGCUUUUCAAAGCAGGAUCCCUGGCACGAUGUUUCAUUGUUCCUGGCAACAACGUUUCAUGUCGAAAGACGUAAGACUCUGUUAUCAAAAAACUCUGUAAAUUCUUAAAGCUUGUUUUACA